AGGCGCCCAGCCUCCCCUCCUGGCCUCCCACCUCUCCUCCCGCAGGCAACGCGGCACAAUGCAUCGCGGUGGGAGGCAAGCUGGGCUCCCCUGCGCCGGGAAGCGGCUGCCCCUCCCUCUGGAUCACACAGGGUUUUUGCAGUAGGUGACAGCAGGAUCGGGCACCAGGGAAGCAAUUGAUUCGUCUACUGCCCGCAUCCCAGAGUUGCCUACGCUGCCCAGAGAGGGAGAGAGGAAAGAGAAGAGGGGAGAGAAAGAGAGACUUACAAAACCUUCCUUCCAUGUGGAGUAGUCUGAGUGAAUCACUGCCCACCGUUGUAGACUCCAACUGUACUUAGUUUUCUCCUUUGACGGGGGCAUAUCUGCUGGUCUUUCAAGCCAAGUCGCUGGCACUUAACAUCUCCCCCCGGCAGGGAGUUGGCAAGAAUUUGGCUCACGCCUUCUGCUGCAAUCCUCCGUUGUCUUGGUGUGCCAGCCUUCCACCAUGACUGACACUGUGGUGAACCGUUGGAUGUACCCUGGUGAUGGCCCACUGCAGUCAAAUGACAAGGAACAGCUGCAGGCAGGAUGGUCCGUCCAUCCUGGAGCACAGACGGACAGGCAGAGGAAGCAGGAAGAACUGACAGACGAGGAGAAGGAGAUAAUCAACCGGGUGAUAGCUCGGGCAGAGAAGAUGGAAGCCAUGGAGCAGGAGCGCAUCGGGCGCCUGGUGGACCGUCUGGAGACCAUGAGGAAGAAUGUAGCUGGAGAUGGUGUGAACCGUUGCAUCCUGUGCGGGGAACAGCUGGGCAUGCUGGGCUCUGCGUGUGUCGUGUGUGAAGACUGUAAGAAGAAUGUCUGCACCAAGUGUGGGGUGGAGACCUCCAACAACCGUCCGCAUCCAGUAUGGCUCUGUAAGAUCUGCCUUGAGCAGAGAGAGGUCUGGAAGCGCUCGGGAGCAUGGUUCUUCAAGGGUUUCCCAAAACAGGUCCUUCCACAGCCCAUGCCUAUAAAGAAGACCAAGCCCCAGCAGCCUGCUGGUGAGCCGGCCACCCAGGAGCAGCCUACACCCGAGUCCAGGCAUCCAGCCAGAGCUCCAGCUCGAGGUGACAUGGAGGACAGGAGGGCCCCAGGACAGAAGCCAGGCCCUGACCUCACCUCUGCUCCUGGACGAGGAAGCCAUGGGCCUCCCACACGCAGGGCCUCUGAGGCCCGGAUGAGUACAACCACCCGUGAUUCUGAGGGCUGGGACCAUGGUCAUGGUGGGGGUGCUGGAGACACCAGCCGGAGCCCAGGAGGUUUGAGGCGAGCUAACUCAGUCCAGGCCUCCCGCCCAGCUCCAGCCUCCAUGCCAAGCCCGGCACCUCCUCAGCCCGUGCAGCCAGGGCCCCCUGGGGGCAGCAGGGCCGCUCCUGGGCCGGGACGCUUUCCAGAGCAGAGCACAGAGGCUCCUCCAAGUGACCCUGGCUAUCCAGGGGCUGUUGCCCCAGCCCGGGAGGAGAGGACAGGACCCACAGGGGGCUUCCAGGCAGCGCCCCACACUGCGGGUCCCUAUUCCCAGGCGGCCCCUGCCCGCCAGCCACCGCCUGCUGAGGAAGAGGAGGAAGAAGCCAACAGCUAUGACUCAGAUGAAGCAACCACACUGGGUGCCCUGGAAUUCAGCCUUCUCUAUGACCAAGACAACAGCAACCUGCAGUGCACCAUCAUCAGGGCGAAGGGACUGAAGCCCAUGGACUCCAACGGCUUAGCGGAUCCCUAUGUGAAGCUGCAUCUGCUGCCUGGAGCCAGCAAGUCCAACAAGCUUCGUACAAAGACCCUGCGCAACACCCGGAACCCUGUGUGGAACGAGACGCUGCAGUAUCAUGGCAUUACUGAGGAGGACAUGCAGAGGAAGACACUCAGGAUCUCCGUAUGUGACGAGGACAAGUUUGGCCACAAUGAGUUCAUUGGUGAGACCAGGUUCUCGCUCAAGAAACUGAAGGCGAACCAGAGGAAAAACUUCAACAUCUGCCUGGAGCGGGUGAUCCCGAUGAAGCGCGCAGGAACCACUGGGUCAGCACGUGGCAUGGCUCUCUAUGAGGAGGAGCAGGUGGAGCGGAUCGGAGACAUAGAGGAACGGGGCAAGAUCCUGGUGUCCCUCAUGUACAGCACGCAGCAGGGCGGCCUCAUCGUGGGAAUUAUCCGCUGUGUGCACCUGGCUGCCAUGGACGCCAACGGCUACUCAGACCCCUUCGUCAAGCUCUGGCUGAAACCGGACAUGGGGAAGAAAGCCAAGCACAAGACUCAGAUUAAAAAGAAGACCCUGAAUCCCGAGUUUAAUGAGGAGUUCUUUUAUGAUAUCAAACACAGCGACCUGGCCAAAAAGUCCCUGGAUAUCUCAGUGUGGGACUACGACAUUGGCAAAUCGAAUGAUUACAUCGGAGGCUGCCAGCUGGGGAUCUCGGCCAAGGGCGAGCGCUUGAAACAUUGGUAUGAGUGUCUGAAGAACAAAGACAAGAAGAUUGAACGUUGGCACCAACUGCAGAACGAGAACCACGUGUCGAGCGACUAGGACCUGGCGCCCUGCUGUCAUCGUCUCUGCCCCAGCUGCUCUCCCCUCUAAAGUCUCCCUUGCCAACCACGAACCUUCGAUGUCCCCCCCACUUCAGGUUCUGCAACAAACGAACUCUAUGAGCUUCAGGGUCCAGAUGAGAGCCCUUUCUGGUCCUCAGAGAUUGGGUGGUGGGUGUGGGGAGACAUUUACGAAGAUUUACUCUGACCUUAAACAUAUUUGUGUCUCCUUGGGCAUUGGUGGACCCUCAGGCUGUGAGGACCAGCAGGGGGCAGAAGUUAUAUAUUGAGGCUGCCUCUGUCCCUCCAAAUCACUCGAGAAAAAGCAAAUCAAAGCAAACCAGACACACACUUUAGACACACCAGGAACUAGACACAGAAUACACUAAGGGCCUGCACCUCCCUUUCCAGGAAGCUGCCCAUCUGUUUCCUAGUAACCUCUCUCUCUCUGCACUUCCCUUCUCCUUGCUCACCUUCUGUCAAUACCUCCUCAGCCACCCUCACACCCCACCCCUCCCCCACCACCUUUCCCCUCCCCUCUGGCCUCUCUUCUACUCCCACCUCCACAUUAGGAAUGCAAGGCAGAGCCUCACCCCUGUGCCCCUUGCCAGCCUGGACAGCAACCUCACAAGCUGGAUGAAGCUGGGCCCCAAACUCUGACAUCGCCACAUCUCCCGUUGGCAUGGCUGGCUAUCUCUGAGCCUGGGGCCCGCAGCCGGCACAGCCUGGGUGCAUGGCAGCACUAUAGACAUCCUGCGGUCCAGGAUCUCUCUUUCUCAUCCAUGGUCCCCACAUGGGCACAGGUGGCACAGGGCUAGCUCCCGGACCCCAUCUUCUAUCCUUCCUCUACUCUUUGCAAAGAACAAAGGACCUUCCCCCCUACCCCACACCCCUGCGAACUCUUACUCAGAGCCACCUCUGUUCUUUCUCUCUCCCCACUCUCUUCCCUCUGGUUCCUGAUGGUGAUCAAAUAACAAUAUUUAGAGCUUUAAUCGGGUCAGAACUCUCUUGAUCCACCACAAAUCAAGAGGACUGUACCGCUGAGCCUGGAGUCAGGCCAUCUUCCUCGCAUGAGAGGCAAGUCUGGCUUUUCCCAUCUUGAUAGUCUUUCCCCAUCAGCAACCCAAGCCCCACCAUUCCCUAUAGAGUCAGAAAGACCCAGACUAUAUAACCUCCAUUCCCAAGUCGCAUAGUCUUGCUUGUUCCUUCCAAUGUCAGUUGGGAUUCCCCACCACACACUCGCAGUAACUCAUGCUGUUCCUGAGGGACUCUUGUGUUUCCCUGAAAUGACUCUCUUCUAGAAUCAGGUUCUGCCUGCCCCAAGGUGGCUGGCCUUCCCACUUCCGUCUUCCCCCUUGCCCAUGGCUCCCUGUUUAGUCCCCAUAGAUCCAAUGCUCUGCCCACUUCCCUGUCAUGGUCACCUUUAGGAGAAAGCAUGCUGACUGAGUCACCCAAGCCUGAUGCUGGUUUUGGCUCUGGACUCGGAAUGCAGCCUGCUCGCAGUGCCCGGAUGCCCUCCCUCACACACGCACCCACCCUUCUACAUAGAACACAAGUCCCGGGUGCAUGCACGAUGCCCACUGCCUUUCUUUGCACUGAUGUAGCCAGAAAUAAAGUAGGAAUAUCCAAGAA